AUGUCUGGAGCCACGAAUCGAGAAGCUGUUUUCCCAACACGGCAGUCCCUGGGAUUGAUGAAAUCAAAAUUGAAGGGAGCACAAACCGGUCAUGAUCUAUUAAAGAGAAAGAGUGAAGCUUUAACCAAACGUUUCCGAGAAAUCACUCGCCGAAUCGAUGAAGCCAAACGAAAGAUGGGCCGAGUAAUGCAGAUAGCCGCCUUUUCUCUAGCAGAAGUAACCUACGCAGUAGGAGGAGAUAUUGGUUACCAAGUACAAGAGUCCGCAAAAUCGGCACGAUUCCGUGUACGGACGAAGCAAGAGAAUGUAUCGGGUGUAUUUCUACCGGCAUUUGAGAGCUAUACGACGGAAGGCAAUAACGAUUUUGGUCUGACGGGUUUGGGAAAGGGUGGUCAACAGGUACAGAGGUGUAGGGAGACCUAUGCGAGGGCUGUGGAAACCCUGGUGGAAUUGGCGAGUUUACAGACUGCUUUUGUUAUUCUGGAUGAGGUUAUCAAGGUUGUGAACAGGAGAGUAAACGCGAUUGAACAUGUGAUCAUCCCACGUACGGAAAACACUAUCAAAUAUAUCAACUCUGAGCUCGAUGAGUUGGACAGAGAAGAAUUCUUCCGACUAAAGAAAGUCCAAAACAAGAAACAGAGAGAUACCGCCGCCCAGGAUGCAGAAAUGAAGGCGAAGAAAGAAGCAGCAGCAGAGAAAGAAAAGGCCGGUGGUAGUGAGAAGGAGAAUCCUACACAUACUGGAGACAUUCUGGGUGAUGAGGAAGAUGAAGAUGUUAUUUUCUGA